AUGUCACAAAAUGCUGGUAAGGUCUUCAUAAAAUUCCCACCAGCCCGCCCUCCUUAUGGAAGUCACUUACCUGAUCGUGGCAUAUGUUCGACUCUGUCUGAAAAGAGGGCAAGAAAGAAAGAUCGAAUGGUUGAAGUCCUACAACAACGGCCCACCCCCCAACGUCCACUAUCAGCAUUACUGCUGGUAAGAUUUUUCCCUAUGAACUUCCCGCCAGCCCGCCCUGCUCAAAGAUCAGUCACUUACCUAGUGCGAUGGUGUGUCUGCCGUUGUGUCAAGUGGACCGUCAAAGGAAUAUCGAAGAGAUGGAGCCCUACAUCAACAACCACCUCCGUCAGCACAGUGUUUCCACCAUACUGGCGAAUGGAUCCCAUCACGGAGGAAGCCCUGUAUCAACACCACUUCCCUCAACACAGUGUUUCCACACAAUACUGGUACAAGAUCCUUCCUCUCGAUAAACUUCCCGUCAGCCCCGCCCUGCCUAUAGAGAAGUCACUUAAUCGAAAAUGCCCCCACCCUGCUCAUAGACGAAGUCACUUACCUGACUAUAUGAUGAUCGAAGUUGCAAGCCACAACGAGACAAAGGUGGAACGUGUAAAAUCCUACAACAAACGACCCACCCCCGCAUCCACCGUCAGCAAAUUGCUGGGGCAGACAACCUGGAUAAAAGUUAGGACAAGCUCGCAAGAUUCUUUUGCUGUCGCACCUUUCAAAUGGAGGGAAACUUACGUCGAGGAUUGCAUCACAGAGCCGGGAGCUUGUUGUGUCGUCACGACAGAGUGA